AUGUGCUGGCUGAGGCUGCAGAGGCGGGGAAAAGCAUCCACUAUGCCCAUCGGACUUCGCCAGUCGGAAGACGAGGAUGACUGCUCUCCGGAACCCAAAGGGAACAGCCAUUGCAUCGAGAAGGGGAUGGAGAAAAUAAUCUACGACUUCUACUCUGAUCUCUUCGACACCCAUAAGGCCUUCGACUCAGUUGAGACGGAAGCGAUCGUGGAAGCCUUGGACAACCAAGGCGUCUCUACUCAGUACAUAAAGGUACUUCGAGAGUUGUACAGUAACUUCACGACCGGAAUUUCGCCAUUCUUCAAGAACAUCAUCAUUUACGUGAAGAGGGGGGUCGGACAGGGUGAUCCAAUUUCACCCAAAAUAUUCACAGCCACCUUCGAGAACGCAAUGCGAAAGUUGGAAUGGGACGACAUAGGAGUGAAGGUUGAUGGUCAGCAGCUACACCAUUUGCGCUUUGCUGAUGACAUCGUACUGAUAACACCUAGCAUCAGCCAAGCGGAACGAAUGCUGACCGAAUUCGACGAAACAUGCGGAUGCAUCGGUCUUCUGCAAAAGACGAUGUUCAUGCGCAACGGAUGGGUCUCAGAUGCCCCAUUCGCGCUCAACGGAUCGAACAUAUCCGAAUGCACCAGCUACGUUUAUCUAGGUCGGGAAUUGAACGACCUGACCCCCGAGCUGGGCAGGAAGAGAAGAGCGGCUUGGGGAGCGUACAAGAGCAUCGAGGAUGUAGUGAAGAAGACCAGGAACACCCCGCUCCGUGCUCACCUCUUCAACACCACCGUACCUUCUGUUUUGACCUAUGCUUCGGAAACCUGGGCAUUUCGCAAGCAGGAAGAAAAAGCAGUGAGUGUCAUUGAAUGCGCAAUUGAGAGAGUGAUGCUGGGAGUAUCCCGCUUCACGCAAGUGAGGGACGGGAUUCGAAGUUCUCUCCUACGUCAGCGAUCGAAGAUUAGAGACGCCGCCGCGCUUGCCAAGGAAAGUAAAAUGAGGUGGGCCGGACACGUGAUGCGUUUUAACGACAACCGUUGGGCCAGAGCCGUGAGCGACUGGGUUCCCCGCGAUAUUAAGCGCACUACAGGAAGACCGCUGACCCGAUGGUCAGAUUUCUUCACGAAGUCCUUCAAAGAAAAAUAUGAUGCCCUUCGUGUCCCACACGAAAGGAGGAACCACUGGGCUACUCUGGCACGCGAUCGGGACAAAUGGAAGAAUUACUGGCACCCGUUCGACCAGUUCGAAGAUCAACGGGAGUCAAGGUGA